AUGGCUCGAAUCGCUCUCAUUACGGGAGGUGCCUCUGGCAUGGGUCUUGCUGUUGCCAAAGUCCUAGCAGAAAAAGGAUGGAAAUGUGCCCUAUUAGAUAUGAAUGAGAAGGCAGGUGAGGAGGCCGCUGCAAAUGUCCCCAAAUCCGAGUUCGUCAAAGUUGAUGUCACAUCAUGGGAUUCGUUGUCGUCCGCCUUUGAUACUAUAUUCGAGAAACACGGGACCAUCGAUUUUGUCUUUGCCAACGCAGGAAUUGUGGAGAGAGACAACUUCUAUGAAAAGCUAGCACCAGAAAAGUUGAAGGGACGGAUACCAUCACGGCCAAACCAGCUGACCAUCGACAUAAACCUAAAGGCGGUCAUCGACACAGCGUAUCUUGCUCAGCAUUACUUUCGUCUCAGUCCACAUCAUGGAAGCACUGCCUCUCUUGUCAUGACGGCAAGUGUUGGGGGGCUGUAUCCGGCACAAUUCUGUCCUAUCUACGCUGCCUCCAAAUCCGGGGUCGUGAACUUCAUGCGGUCUAUUGCAUUUCCAUACCACCAUUACGAUGGUGUGCGAUGCUAUGCAAUCUGUCCUGGAACGGUUCGAACCAAUCUGCUCAACUCUGCUGAGUGGUCGACAUUCCCGGAGGAGUAUUUUACGCCCAUUGAGUCUAUUGCAUCUACAGUUGCAAUGCUUGUUGAAGGGGGCAACAUGACGGAUGCAAAGGGUAAGACCGUUGAAAAGGGCAAGGACUAUGGCUUGGCGGUUGAGCUCAAUGGCAAGAAUUUCUACUUCCGAGACCAACCAGAAUUCUGUGAUGAGACUAUGGCGCUGGUAAUGAAAGCAACCAGCAUGGAGAAUCAGAUUGAGCGCCUCAAUGGCUACAAAGGCCAAAAUUGA